GCGCACGUGGUAAAUUUAUUUCGGACUGGCUUGGAAACGGUUGCUUUUAAAUUCUGAUUGAACAAUACACGUUGCUAAAAAUAUGCUAGAUACCAGUCCGCUUCGCAAAGAUUUUCAAAAUGGCGCUAAGGUUUGGAAUAACGCAGACUAUAUUGUCAAUAGCACUGCUCAUUGUUUUAGUGCAGAUACUUACAAUGUAUCAUUUUUCGACAAGAUACCAGUAUCAAAUAGAUGAUAGAGCUCGUAGGAAAAUAUAUGAUGAUAGCGAUUAUUCUAAAUUUGAAGAUAAUGAAAUCCUUCCUGUUUCAGUCUUGCAGAAAGAAAGUUUUACAAUGAGGUACAUGGAUGCAACAAGGAAACCAUUGUAUACAGCAGCUGUUAAAUGUGACAUAAAACAUAAAGAUGCAAAGUCAGCAUUAAAAAGAGCAAAAACACAACAAUGUAAAGAUGAGAUUUAUAAGACUUCUUGUUUGGGAGAAGCAAACACUCUUUACUGGACAAAUAUUACAAGAUUUUGCCCUGUUGAUCGGAGUAAAGGCAGACCGUCACAUAGCAUAGAAACUAAGGCUGGAUAUGGACCACCAAUUAGGAUAUUGUAUGCCAUGGUUGUACAUGGUAGAGCAUUUCGUCAAGUCAAGAGAUUGUUUAAAGCAUUGUUUCAUACAAAUCAUUAUUUUUAUUUCCAUGUUGAUUCACGUUCUGACUACUUGUAUCAGGAAGUUACACAGUUUGCUGCACAAUUUGAAAACUGUGCAGUUGCUCCAUGGAGAAUGGCAACUAUAUGGGGUGGUGCGAGUUUGUUGAAAAUGUUACUUCGAAUGAUGAAAGAUGUGUUAGAAAUAAAACAGUGGAAAUGGGAUUUUUUUAUUAACUUGAGUGCAUCUGAUUAUCCUGUUCAAACAAAUGAAAAAUUAUCCUCAUUUUUGAGAGCACACCGUGAAGAAAAUUUUUUAAAACCUCAUGGUGGAAGUGUUGAGAGGUUUGUCAAGAAACAAGGCAUAGCUAGAACAUUUUAUGAAUGUGACGAACACAUGUGGCGGCUUGGUGAUCGUACCUUACCAGAUACAAUUGAUUUUGAUGGAGGGAGUGAUUGGAUUGGUCUAAACAGGAAGUUUGUCACAUAUGUUACAUAUAGUACUGAUACCUUAGUCCUUGGAUUGAAGCAUUUGUAUGGAUAUGCUCUUUUACCCGCAGAGUCGUUUUUCCACUCUGUGUUGAGGAACAGCGCCUUGUGUGAAACAUACGCUAAGGGUAACUUACGUUUGACAAACUGGAAACGCAAGCUGGGAUGCCGAUGUCAAUACAAACAUAUAGUAGAUUGGUGUGGUUGCUCACCGAAUGACUUCAAACCCGAAGACCUGGUCAGGUUACAGAGUCAAACUAUAAACCAUUUCGCUCGGAAAUUUGAACCCAUCGUCAACAACGAGAUCAUCAACCUACUCGACCAUUGGCUAUAUGGAAAACCUAAAAACAACGCGGGUUUACAUCAGUACUGGGAAAAUUUUUAUCACCAUAAAAGUGACAAGAUUGAAAAGUUUGAUAUUUUUAUGACGUUCUUUCAAUCAUUCGGACGGAUAGCUUCUAAAGCGCUCUCCAUCUUCGGUGGCUGUCGUUACACUCCCAUAUGGAAAGCCAAGGAAGCUACAUAUUACACGAAGGAGGAUCACCUUGAAGGCGUCCUUACAUUAUUCGAAGCUAAAGUAGCUACUGAUGAAAUUAAGAGAGAAUUUCUUACGUUAGAAACACAUUUUAAACCGAAGAAUAUGUCCAAGUUGUUUAACGCUAAUAUGCCAGCUCCUAAAAAUCGACUGAAAGGACUCGAGAUUGGCACCUCGUGGGAUCAGAAGGAAAGAAUAUUUCGUAACAUCGCUGGCUUGAUUGGUCCAAAUGAUAAUCCAACCUUAGUGCAUAGGUGGGUACAUGGCGAAGAAUUUCAUGUGAGAAUUGUUUGGCAAGAUCCGCUAAAUGUGAUAGCAGGUAUGUACCAGAUGAAAGUUGAGAAAAACUGGGUUAUAUCCUUCCACAAGCCAACAUUCAAUAAGCCGUUGCGACCUGGAACCUGGGUUGUCAAACUUGUUUACAACGAUGAUGUCGUCUUAGGCGAAGUUAAAUUUUUGGUCAUACCCGAAGCUUACUUUGGCGGGAAAUCAGCAACGCUUGAGUAUGUGGUUGCAAAUAACAACGGCCCUCCCGCAGGACUUUAUUCCAGUGACUUUGUGAUUGAGUUCGACCGGGAGGCAAAUGACACUAAAGAACGUGUGAAGGAGUUUAGUGAAAACUCCUCCACAUUGGGCUCGCAUUUAGAUGAUUGGGUAGAUAAACAUGUUCUCCGUCACUGGAAUUUAAAAGCGACAUGUGCGACAGUUGAAGGUCAGUUUAGAAAAUGCGGUGGAGUAACAUCUUGUCGCGAUACUGACUGGAGUUCCAGAUCACCGGAUCCGAAAUCGGAGGUAGGAAAUAUAAACAAAGAUGGUAGACUUAGGUGAUGCUUACAGUAAAUCUAAAUACGAUGAUUUUUAGCGAUGAGAUUUGGAUGGGUAGAAUUUUUUUUUCCUUUCAAAGUGUUAAAAACGAAAUUUUAUAUAGAAAGCUGUUCCUUAGCAAAAAUUAAAAGUAAUAUUAAGUGAGACUACUACAGAGAUUUUUCGCGGCGCUUAUUUUUGUGGUGUUUUUAUAAUUCACGAAAUGUGUUGAAUUUGACUCAACUACGCAAUUCAGUUUUACAGCAGUAGUGAUGUCUAAGAUAUCAAAGAAAAAAACUUUUUCUAAUUUUAUUUAACUGUUCUAUGUUUGAAACAUAGUUGGUCCCGCAUUGAGUAAACCACAGGUUUGCCCUUUCUUAAAAAUAGUUUCGUGUUUCUGUAGCACGACGUUUUUCUUACAUUUGGAUUAUACACACGAUGCACAAAUUCGGAAAAAAAAUAGGAGAAUAUUUCAAGUUACGUUUUCUUAUUUAUAUUUGCAUUUACAUAUAUGUACCCCUACGUCCGACGUCGGACUUUUCAGUUAGUUUUUUCGCAACACUCUAUCCCAUGUUUGAUACUUAUGUGUAAUGUGAAGAUUUUAACCACUUCAAUUUUUAGGCGGAUUUUAUGAUUAGAUGUAUUUUAUAAAUAUAAUUUAUUUAUAUGUUAUAGUGAUAAUACUAUAUUUUAAAUAUUAAUAUGCAGUAAAUAAUAUAGAGAAAUUUAUACAUAUUUUAUUAUAUCUAUUUAAGAAAAAAAAAUUAUGCUAUUGUA